AUGAUUAAGCUACUGAAUGAAGCUUGUAAAAAGGAUCCAGCAUUUUGUCCAAACAGUUGUGGUCGAUCAUAUAAAGGUGUACAGCGUAAAGGCAAUCUCAAACACCAUAUGAUUUAUGCUUGUGGUGUUAACCCACAAUUCAAAUGUAUAUUUUGCUACAAACAGCUCAGACAAAAUCGAUCUUUAAAAUAUCAUAUGGCCACUGUUCAUAACCAAUUUUCCACUUAAAAAAAUGUGUAUAAUUUAUUCUUGUAAACCUCUAUAUUAUUUUUUGAAUUAUAGAGACAUAUUUUUAAAUGGAAAAAUAUACCGUGUUGACUAUUAUCCUUGUCAAAGUAACACAGCAAACAUGUUACUUUCAUUUAAAUCAAAACAACCUUACAUUGAUCAGUUUAUACUUUAUCAGAGAUUGAAUUAAUGUGAAUUAAAUUCUGCUAAUCUUUCCGUUUUGGCUUUUCCAAUAGAUUUGUUUACCAUAAUAUUGAUAUCUAUAAUAAAUAUAUACUAUAUUAGUACACCAUAUCUACACUAUAUGCACUGAGGUUCUAAAUUUAAUGUCUAUAGAAUAAAUAAUUAAUAGUUAAUAAAAUAUCUAAAUCUUAUAAUUUCAAAAAAUAACAUGAUCUAAAUAAAGCUUGUAAAAAGGAUCCAGCAUUUUGUCCAAACAGUUGUGGUCGAUCAUAUAAAGGUGUACAGCGUAAAGACAAUCUCAAACACCAUAUGAUUUAUGCUUAUAAUUUGCUAUAUUUUGUCAUAAACAGCUCAGACACAAUCAAUCCUAAAAAUACUAUAUGGCCACUGUUCACAACCAAUUUUCAACUUGAUAAGAUCAUGUGUAACUUCUGUAAUUUUUGUAAUUCUCUAUAAUACAUUUCAGUUAAUUUAUUAUAUAUAAUAUAUUUUUCAAUUGGAGAAUAUACUUUGUUAUUUAUUAUCCUUGUCAAGGUCAUACAAUAAAAAUGUUACCAUAAUUUCAAUUUCAUUAACAUUAAUUGACAUGUACAUUGAAUACUUUGUCGAAAAUUGAAUUGUCUAUGAAUUAAAAUUUUCUUCUUUAACUUUUGUAAUAAAUUUGUCUACCAUGAUAUCCAAAUCUAUAUAUGUUAUGCUUUAUGUAUUGGUGUUUCAAUUAAUUUUCUAUUUAAUAAAAAUAAAAUAAAAUACUUAGAUAUUUUAUUUAUAGAGAAUAACAUAAUCAAGUUACUAAAUGAAGCUAGUAAAGAUGAUCCAGCGUUUUGUCCGAAUGGUUGUGGUCGAUCAUAUAAAGGCAUAAAGCGCAAAGGCAAUCUCCAUCAACACAUGAUUUAUACGUGUGGUGUCAACCCACAAUUUCAAUGUGCAAUUUGUCAAAAACAACUCAGAUAUUACAAUUCAUUAAAAUAUCAUAUGGCUACUGUUCACAAUCAAUUUUCAACUCGUCAAAAUUAUAUGUAG